UGUGUUGUACAUCAGCCAAGUGAAUGAUUUCUUAAACGGUGAUGUUCUUGCACUCAUGUGAUGUUAGCCAUCAGAAUCUUGAAACAAGUUUUUGACCUGUGUUUUGGAGUGUUAGAGGAAACCUUAAGAAUAGUCACAACCUACCAAUGUGUUGUGUUGUUUUCUAGCAAGAUACCAAUAAAUAUGUUUUAUUAUCUAGAUCCAAGAUGUAUGCCUUUAUUUAGGAAAUGUGGAAAUAUCUGAAAUUACUCUUCAAAAAUAGUUUAAGUAGAUAAACAGUUAUGUCUAAUAGUUGUGUCUGUCCAUUUCACUAUAGAUGCUUGAAGUAUGUAAUCAUGAGUACUAAGAGAAAGUAAUACAUCAAAAAAGUUCUUUAAGCUUUUAGUUGACCUUUUAGAGUCAAUUAAAUGUCUUAUUAUAUAAAUUGAAAAUAAGAGAAUGUUUAUUGUUUUAAUACUGAACUUCUAGAUGAAUGAAAUCACCUUUGCAGUUUUUGUUUGAAAUGACUGACUCUUAACGCUUAUUGCCUGCCCUUUUCUCUAACAUCAGUAGCAGUAUAUGGGUAUACCUGUGAAGUAAGUCUUCAGCCCCUACAUAGGAAUAAACUUCAUGACUUAAAAUGAUUUCUUGAAAAAAGAGGCUGUCUUGCUUUUUGUCUAACCAUCAUCAUCAAAUAGCAGUAUGGUAUUCUGUGGCAUAGAAGGCUCAAGCUGUUACUUGUCUUUUGCCAGCCUUUGCUAUCUUAUGCCGUGCACUGUUGGGUGGGGUGGCAUUCUGCUGUGUAAUGUCUUGUGCCCAGGUAAUCAGGCUCAUCCAAAUUGGAGCAUUUGCAAACAGGGAUUAAAGAUACAGUUCUGAAUUUGUUGUCAUGCUCUCUUUGCUCUCUUCUUUGUUCCUCAGUUCUCUGUGUGGUGUUUGACAUCUCACCAACUCUUACCUCUGGAGUUUUAAAUUGAAAAAAAAAUAGGGCAAAAAAAAUCAACCAGAAGUUGUGUGUGAGAAACACUUUUUAGCCUGAUCUUAAAUUUAUGUGUGAGUUCCACUGUGUAACAUCAAGAGCUGAACUGUAUUGUGAAACCAGCAUGAAAUUUUUAGAUAAAAAGUUAUCCUGUUUCUCUAUAGAUAGAAAAUUGACUAGCACUAUUACUGAAAGGAUUGGCCUUCAAAGUUUAUGCAUAAGUGGUGAACAUGACAAGCAGGUUGGUUAUUGUUUGCAGAAAAUAACCUCUCCAUGGAUUCAACUGUUAUCUAGUGCUCCCCUACAUUUUUGGUGAACAACCUUUCAUCCUUUUACCAGCCAGAGCUCUUUUAGGCUUUUAAUUGUCAUUUUCUGGAGUUGUUGAUUUGUUUGCCAUUCCAUAUGAGUGUUCUCACCAUCUUCAUCUGCUAGCAGGCAAGAAUGCAGCAUUUGAAAUCUGUGGCUUUCUUUUUUCUCUUCCAUUGUCAAACUUGGUAUACUUCUUAUUUAUUGGAAAAGAUUUUUUUUUUUUAAAUUAUUUGCAUUUCAGAAGGUGUACUAACAUACUUAUCACUGGUCACUCUGUCUAUCCUGUCAGUGGUCAGACCAGGCAAGAGGGGAUGUGUCCUCCUGUAGUCAACCGGUUAAGCAUCUGUAGCUUUCCUGAGAGUGGAAGAACCCUGUGAGGGAUAUUUCCACACACUGGUGGUAAUCAUGGGGGAGUUUUUUUGUUUUGUUAGCACUGUGCAUUAGUAGCUUUUGGUUCACUGUAGCUGCUAUUCAGAAGGAAUGUGAGGGUUGUCUCCUUUAUUUCAUGUUGUAAUUUUCCUUUGUCCUUUUUCCAUUGUCCUUUCCAGAUGUCUCCAAAGCCUUCUUUACAGUCUUGUGGAAGGUGACCAUAUGAAAUCCUUGUUAGGUUGUCUUAUGUGCAUGUUGUGAUUUGCCCAAACAUAUAUUGUUCAGGUUGCUUUUCUUCUCCAAGAAGCUUUUAUUGCCUAUUAAUAGUCAAGUUGUAGGAUGUGAUGGUGGAUAAAUCUCUUUUACAGAUGGGAUGAACACUUGCCAGAAGCUACUUAAUAGAAGUUUUGUGCCAGAAUCAAACUUCUACGUUUUUCAUUCUCCACUUACUUUUCAUUAACAUGCUACUGCAGUGCAUAAAUGCAUGUUAUUAUCUUGGUACGAAGUUGGCAAUGCUUGUUCCUUAUUUGUGGAUUCUGCUGGUUUUAGUGUUGAUUUUGCAAACUUGUGUAGCUCUGCAUUGCUGUACUCAGGUUGUCUGUAUUUAAAUCACGUGCAUCUCAGUGGCCAUAGUCAGUGGGUUGAGAGCAAAAUGUUUUGACAUGAGCAUAAGCACUUGUCUCCUUAUGCCUUAUGGGCAGAGCUGUUGAGCAUCUGCAGUUCUUUGCAGCUCAGAGAGCUGAUAAGGUACAAGGGCUCAGCUUGGACAGCUGCUAAGUAAAGAGCAUUCUCAGUCAUCUGAUAAAGCCGUAAGUAGUUUGAUCAGUGUUGUAUAGGAGAUCUGUGCCAAAAGAAACAGCAGGUCUGAAAUUUCGGAGUUGGGGCACCAAAUUUAGUGCUGCUUGAGACGAUACUAUUAACAUACACCUGUUCUAAGCAUUUCUUAUGGUCUAAAGUAAAUUAUGUGGGAAUUCUAGAGGAAAUAAUUGUGCUCACUCAAUGCAUCAAUCAGGCUGGAUCCACAAACAUUGUCCAUUUUGUGCUUUGGAGUCUGAAGGUGAAAUGAUAAAGGUUUAAAAAGUGCACACUCGAAUGGUUGUUAAAUGAUUAUUCGAAUAUGCAAGGCAGCAGAAGUAAGUUUGCAUAGUUAUCUUAUGACAUUUUCUAAUUUUCAAAAUCUUAAUUUUGCAACCCGAUAGUACUACUUUAAAAUGGAGGAGGAUCUAUGUGUAAAAUUCUAUUUACUUCACAUGCAUCUGAAUGCUUCCAUAAAACAGCCUUCAGUAAAGCAGCUUGGCACCAUGGUCCAACCUGAGGACAUACGUGGUGAAAACUGUUGGUCUUCGUGAAGUCUGGUUUUUUGGGCUGCAGUAUGUGGACAGUAAAGGCUACUCAACUUGGCUGAAGCUAAAUAAAAAGGUAACACAGCAAGAUGUACGGAAAGAAAAUCCUUUGCAGUUUAAGUUCAGGGCCAAGUUUUUUCCAGAGGAUGUAUCUGAAGAAUUAAUUCAGGAAAUAACUCAGAGACUUUUCUUUCUGCAAGUCAAAGAGUCGAUCUUAAAUGAUGAAAUAUAUUGCCCACCAGAAACUGCAGUUCUUCUGGCUUCUUAUGCUGUCCAAUCCAAGUAUGGAGAUUACAGUAAGGAGAUCCAUAAACUGGGAUACCUAGCCAAUGACAGGCUUCUCCCCCAGCGUGUGUUAGAACAGCACAAACUGACAAAAGAACAGUGGGAAGAAAGAAUACAGAACUGGCAUGAAGAGCACAGGGGAAUGUUAAGGGAAGAUUCUAUGAUGGAAUACCUUAAGAUAGCACAAGACUUGGAAAUGUAUGGAGUCAACUAUUUUGAAAUAAAGAAUAAAAAAGGAACUGAAUUGUGGCUAGGAGUUGAUGCUUUGGGUCUGAAUAUUUAUGAGCACGAUGAUAAGCUGACACCCAAGAUUGGUUUUCCUUGGAGUGAAAUAAGAAACAUCUCUUUUAAUGACAAAAAAUUUGUCAUAAAGCCGAUUGACAAAAAGGCCCCUGAUUUUGUUUUUUAUGCACCCCGUCUGAGAAUUAACAAGCGAAUUUUGGCACUGUGUAUGGGAAAUCAUGAAUUGUACAUGAGGCGGAGGAAACCUGAUACAAUUGAAGUGCAACAGAUGAAGGCCCAAGCUAGAGAAGAGAAACAUCAGAAACAAUUGGAAAGAGCACAAUUAGAAAAUGAGAAGAAAAAAAGGGAGAUAGCAGAAAAGGAAAAGGAAAGAAUAGAGCGUGAAAAAGAGGAAUUAAUGGAGCGCUUAAGACAAAUUGAGGAGCAAACAAUGAAAGCUCAGAAAGAGCUAGAGGAGCAGACUCGGAGAGCUCUAGAACUGGAUCAAGAACGGAAGCGUGCAAAAGAGGAAGCAGAACGCCUGGAAAAAGAGCGUCGAGCAGCUGAAGUAGCCAAAGCUGCUCUAGCCAAGCAGGCAGCUGAUCAAAUGAAGAACCAGGAGCAGCUAGCAGCAGAAAUUGCUGAAUUCACAGCCAAGAUUGCACUUCUAGAGGAGGCCAAGAAAAAGAAAGAAGAGGAAGCUUCAGAAUGGCAGCACAAAGCUUUUGCAGCCCAAGAGGACUUGGAAAAGACCAAAGAAGAACUGAAAUCUGUAAUGUCUGCUCCUCCUCCACCUCCACCCCCACCAGUUAUUCCUCCAACAGAGAAUGAACACGAUGAACAUGAUGAGAACAAUGCUGAAGCCAGUGCAGAACUGUCUUCUGAUGGUGUCAUGAAUCACAGGAGUGAGGAAGAACGGGUAACAGAAACACAGAAAAAUGAACGUGUUAAGAAACAGCUCCAGGCUUUAAGUUCAGAGUUGGCUCAAGCCAGAGAUGAAACCAAGAAAACACAAAACGAUGUCCUUCAUGCUGAGAAUGUUAAAGCAGGCCGUGAUAAGUACAAGACUCUCCGGCAAAUCCGACAAGGCAAUACAAAGCAGCGUAUUGAUGAGUUUGAAGCAAUGUUACAAAGGUACGAUCUCUUGCAACCCUUAGGAUAGGAGCAAGGUAAAGAUCUGCAGAAGACCUGGGGUCUGCCAAGGCCUGCUAUUGCACUUCUGUAAAUCUGGACAGUGUACAGUGUUUUAAAUUAGGUUCCUGGUCUGUGAAGAGUUUUUGGAAGGACCAGGAAGUGCUGUUACAACAUUUCAUUAGUGUUUGAUUCUCUCAUGGUCUCUAAAUCUUUCCUUUGUUGUCUUUUCCCGGGAGAAAAUUAGCUAUUUGAAGUAUUUAAGCUGUUGUUCUUUCCAGGAAAACAGGAAAUAAUACUAAUGUGUUAUUCUUUAACUUGUAAUGGGAUGUGCUAGAGUAAUGUGACCCUCCAAAGUGCUUGAGGCAUCCUGUAGGCUUUGUCCACAAGUGAUAUAGUGUGGGAAGCCUGACUUAUAUCCAGCCUGGGUAAAGUAAAAUGACAGUAGAUACUUUCCAAGUUUUAUUGGUUUUCUACACAAUUUCUAAUAGCCUUGAUGAUACCUGAACAGUGUCAGAUAAUUUUCUAAUGUAAAAAUCCCAGUUUAAUACGUCUGUAUAUACAUUCCCAGUGUAAACACCUGUUGCUCCUUUCCUUUUUGUAUGCUGUCAGGAUGUGCAUACUGUGUAUACGUAAUUGCUGGACUGUGCACCCUGCACAAAAGCCUGAAUAAAUGGGUUUUAACAUUCA